UGCAACAGUUUAAUUAUAUUUUUGGAAACUUAUGUGAUAAAAUAAUAAAAUAAAAUGUCUAGCACCGAUGGCAUUUAUUCAUUGCGACUGGUAAUUGCGGAAUUUUAUAUGGAGAAGCCGGUAUUUGGUCUGGAUCCCUGUUACUCCGAGUUGCGCGGCAAGGAAAUCAAACGCGUGCCCAUUGUGCGCAUAUUCGGCUCGAAUGCCAAUGGACAGAAAAGCUGCAUGCAUGUACAUGGGGUAUUUCCAUACUUUUAUAUACCCUACGAUAAACGAGAUUUCGAAUCCUUGGAACGCGGUAUUUUACAGCUGGCAAUGCAUUUGGAUAAAGCUCUCAAUAUAUCGCUGGGUCAAGGUAGCUCCAAUGCACAGCAUGUGUUUAAAAUACAAUUAGUCAAGGGCAUUCCUUUCUAUGGCUAUCAUCGUGUUGAGCAUCAGUUUCUCAAGAUUUACAUGUUCAAUCCACGCUUUGUGCGACGUGCGGCGAAUCUACUACAAAGCGGUGCCAUACUCAACAAAAACUUUAAUCCCCACGAAUCGCAUGUACCUUACAUUCUGCAGUUUUUGAUUGAUUUCAAUCUCUAUGGCAUGAGUUAUAUUCAUGUGCCGCUGGAGGUGAUUAAAUUUCGUCGUAGCACUGAGGAGGAUGUUAUACCCUACGCGAAUGUGAAGCCUCAACAAUUGCUGGACAUUUCCAGUGCCAAGAAGGUCGCCUGCAGCACCUUGGAACUGGAUAUAAGCUCGAAUUUUAUAUUGAAUCGCUUUCAGCUGGUAACCAAGAGCAAUUCAACGCAUACAAAUCCUGGCAUUGAGGCUAUUUGGCAUGAUGAGCAAGUGCGUCGACAGAAAUUGGCUCAGAGCUUUGCCGCUGAUCAACAGAAACUGAAUGCAAUACCAGUCUUGGAGGUGCCGCCCACACAGGAGCGUCCCCAUGUGGAAAUAGCCGAAAGUGAUGUCUUUUAUCGCACCGCUUUGGAGAGCAAGCUGUUGUCCUUGGAGCAAACAUUGAGUGCAGAUCAAACGCUGGUGGAUCAGACACAAGUUAGCCAUGUUAAUGUGACGCUACAGACAAGCGUCAAGGAACAACGUCGCACUUUUAAUCUACAAAAGUUGCUGGUCAAUUUAGUUUACCCAGAGGAAUGUUCCCAAGAGGCACAACAACAGCUGGUGAAUGCUUCCUUUAUACUAAACCAUUUAUCCGGCAGCGGCAGUCUACAAAGCUUUGUGCAGGAUGUAGAGAGGAAGGAAGAGGUGGAUGCAUAUUUGGAUGAUACGCUGAUCGACGAGCAGUUAAUCCUGUCACAGGGUCCAAUGCCACAUGAUGCCACUUUGCGUGAAGAGGAUUUGGAGCUGCUCGAUGUGUUGCAGCAGCUGGAGGAGCAGAAUGCAAAUGAACCGCAUAUCGAUUUGGACAGCUCGUUAGCGCCGCUAUCCCAGCAGCAUAACAAUUUUGAACUAACGCCUGAAUUGCUGGACAAACAGACGGCAGCUGCAGCCACGCAACAGCCGCUCUCUGAGGAUGAAGCCAGUUCGGAUGAGGAGACUGCCACGGGCAACAUGCAUGACUUUUCUAUUGCGCUGGAUGACAUCGAUGAGCUGUUGCUCAAGCUAACACAGAGUCAGCCCAAGUCGGAACCGAGUCAACCUCUGAAAAUGCCACAAAUUGAUGGCGCAGAUGAUCAGCUUCCACGUACACCCAAAAAAUCUAAAGCCAAAACUCCACGUACUCCUCCCCGCACACCCACGACGCCUAAGAGUCGCAUCAGCAUGCAACAGCCACGUACUCCCAAGUCCAGUGCCGCCAAGAAAUAUGCUCCACUGCCGCUCAUGAUUGUCAACAAAUCCGCGCAGAAGGUAACAAGUGAAUCAACUGCGAUGUCAGCAAGCAGCAGAAUUAAAACUAAACUCAGUCAGCAGCUGGAAACUGUUGUCAAGAGCCCAGUUUUAACGCUUCGCAAGAAAUUGGCCAUGACGGAAUUGCGUCGGAAAAGCAUCUCAGCGUUGCCAGAUUCCAUAGAUGUCACUGAUGAGCGCACUCCAGUGCGUCGCAGCUUGAGAAAUCGUACUCGAGAUUUGGACAAGACGCACAUUAUUUGUUCAUUGACGCCACGCCAAAAAAAUUCACGUUUCUCCGAUGUCUUUGAGGAUGCAAAGAGCUCUGAAAACACAGCGGAUACUAUAACGGAGUCAAAGAAACCACGACGCAGUGCACGUAAUCUUGAUAAGGAAAAGACAGUGGAGCCAAUUGAGGCUGAACAGAGAUUGGCACCUGUCAAGCAGACUGUGGAUUCACCAGUUCCAUCUUUAGCUAGCGAGGAUGAGGAUGAAACCAUUGUGUCUGACACAGAGAGCGAUAGGUCGUUGCCUAAACUAAGAAAGACACCAAAUUUGAGACGUUUGCGUAGAAGUUUUCGAGACUCGUUGCUGGCUAAAAGUACAACACCAACUGGCAAGGGAUUAGAACUAGGAUUAGAGAGUCCACUGGUUGAGAAGAAAGCGGAGAGUCCAUUGGCAGUGCAGCCAGUAACUCAAACUCUGAGUAAUAAGGAGGAGAAUGAAGGGCAGCAUGUCCCAGCAGAAGUCCUGGUCACACCACAAAUGAUGCACAGUCCAGAGAGCAGUGAGAACAACACUCCCGAGCUGAUGAAGAGUUUCUAUGAGCACUCGUUGAUCAUCAACAGUCCUUCAGUAUUCAGCGAGGAUUUGGCAAGUCCACAAUCCAAUGCACAGAUUAAAGUUAAACCCAUGUCAAGCACUUCCUUUGUCAUAGCUCCAUUGGAGCUGCCGCCUAGCUAUGACGAGGUGCUGAAAGGUUGCCAUAAGCUGGACAUACCUGAGUAUGAGUUCCAGCAGCCUUUCUAUAGCAAUCCUUCAGAUGUUAACAAAAUGACAGAAGUGGGAUUUCUGGUGCUGCGCAUACCGGGCAACAAACUCAAUGAUCUGGAGCCGUUUGAAAGCAGCGUCUUGAAUGGCAAUCAAGGACUGGCGUCCUGGCGUCGCAAGCAGUUGAUUGACAUGGGAGGAGCUGCCAUGUUGCAACGCUAUCGCAACGAGCAACAGAUUCGGGAGUAUUUCAGCACAGAGCGUGCUGUUGUCAUUGAACCAGCGACAUGUCCGCCGAGCAGACAAGAUGCCAAGAUGUGGCUAAAGGCAAGAGAAUUGCUAAAGCAGCGUCAAGGAACAGGGGAGCCGGAGGAGGAGCGUGCGUUGGCCAAUGAUGUGGAUAGUCCCAUAAAAAUAAAGCGUCAAAAAAUAACCAUGAUGUUGAACGACGGCGAUGAUGCGUCUGCUGCCAGUGGCGAUGAGGAGCUGGAGCUCAGUUGCAGCGGCUUGACAUUGACGCCAGAAACACCUCAACUCACAACGGGCAAAUCCCAAUCCAAGGGCACACCACUGAGUAGCAAAACUCGCUCCAGACGCGGCACAAAGCUGCAGUUCCAGGCACCACAAGAUGAGCCGCCGUGCAGCAGUCAGUCCAGUGAACAAAGUGUCGCCAGUAGCGCCGCCUUGGAUGCCCUGGAGCGAAGUUCCUUUGUGCGGCAGCUGGACAGCGUCAGCAGUGGACGGAAUAGUCAUGAGCUCAGUUUUGGACUCAAUAAUGCCACUCUCGACAAUACCUUUGGCUUCAAGGUAAAUCUGGAGAAUCUGCAGCAGGCCAAAGCAGAUAUCGAGUGCAACUAUUUGACCACUAUGACGCUGGAGCUGUUUGUGCCGACGCGUGAGGAACUGCAGCCGGAUCCGUUCCACGACGAGAUUCGCUGUCUGUUUUAUGCCAUUGAGCACAGUUUGCCACCUGCCACAGCAGAGGAAUCGCUGCCUAGCAAAGCUUGUGGUUAUAUUAUAGUCAGUGAUGGAUCGGAUUUGAUCAGUGAGGGACGUCAUCAUGGUCUGGAUGCGGAUAUUGAAGUACAGGUGGUGCAGAGUGAAGCAGAGGCGUUGGAGGCGUUGCUGGCACUUUGUCAACGCUGGGAUGCGGACAUCUAUGCUGGUUACGAGAUUGAGAUGAGCUCCUGGGGUUAUGUCAUCGAGCGCGCCAAGCACAUGUGCUUCAACAUUGCCCCUUUGCUGUCCCGUGUGCCGUCCCAGAAAGUCCGUGAUUUUGUGGACGAGGAUCGUGAACAGUUUACGGAUCUCGAUGUGGAGAUGAAGCUCUGUGGUCGCAUAUUGCUCGAUGUCUGGCGACUGAUGCGCUCCGAGAUUGCGCUCACCUCGUACACCUUUGAGAAUGUCAUGUAUCACAUCCUGCACAAACGUUGUCCCUGGCACAGUCCACGUUCCCUCAGCGAUUGGUUUGCCUCGCCCUGCACCCGCUGGAUCGUCCUCGAGUAUUAUCUGGAACGGGUGCGCGGCACGUUGGCGUUGCUUGGACAACUGGAUCUGCUGGGACGCACCAGUGAAAUGGCCAAGCUAAUUGGCAUACAGUUUUAUGAGGUGCUCUCCAGAGGAUCACAGUUUCGCGUGGAGAGCAUGAUGUUGCGCAUUGCUAAGCCCAAGAAUCUGGUGCCUCUCUCCCCGAGCGUGCAACAACGCGCUCAUAUGCGAGCUCCCGAGUAUCUGGCUCUCAUCAUGGAGCCGGAAUCACGCUUCUAUGCGGAUCCACUGAUCGUGCUGGACUUUCAGAGUCUCUAUCCCAGCAUGAUCAUAGGCUACAACUAUUGCUUCUCCACGUGUCUGGGUCGUGUGGAGCAUCUGGGCAGCAGCACAACCUUCGAAUUUGGCGCCUCCCAACUGCGCGUCUCACGGCAGUUGCUGCAGCAGCUGCUGGAACGCGACCUGGUCACGGUGUCGCCAUGUGGCGUGGUGUUUGUGAAGCGUCAGGUGCGGGAGGGCAUCCUGCCACGUAUGUUGAGUGAGAUUCUGGAUACACGGCAGAUGGUUAAACAAUCGAUGAAACUGCAUCGGGACAGCUCGGCGUUGCAGCGUGUGCUCCACUCUCGCCAGCUGGGAUUGAAGCUGAUGGCAAAUGUAACCUAUGGCUAUACGGCGGCCAAUUUCAGUGGACGCAUGCCCGCCGUUGAGGUGGGUGACUCGGUGGUGUCCAAGGGACGCGAGACGCUGGAGCGUGCCAUCAAACUGGUGGAAGACAACGAAAAGUGGAAAGUGCGCGUGGUCUACGGGGAUACAGACUCCAUGUUUGUGCUGGUGCCAGGACGCAAUCGUGCCGAGGCAUUUCGCAUUGGCGAGGAAAUUGCCCAGGCCGUCACAGAAAUGAAUCCGCAUCCUGUGAAACUAAAACUGGAGAAGGUCUAUCAGCCGUGUCUGCUGCAGACCAAGAAACGCUACGUCGGCUACAUGUACGAAACGCCGGAGCAACAGCAUCCCGUCUACGAGGCCAAAGGCAUCGAGACGGUGCGACGCGACGGUUGCCCGGCAGUGGCCAAAAUGUUGGAGAAGGUGCUGCGCCUGCUCUUCGAAACGGCGGAUGUCAGUCAGAUCAAACAGUACGUUUGCCGGCAGUUCACCAAGCUGCUCUCCGGACGCGCCAAUCUGCAGGAUCUCAUAUUCGCCAAGGAGUUUCGUGGCCUAAAUGGCUACAAGCCAACGGCCUGUGUGCCAGCUCUGGAAAUGACGCGCAAAUGGAUGCAGAAGGAUCCGAGGCGGAUUCCGCGUCGUGGCGAGCGUGUGCCCUUUAUCAUUAUCAAUGGACCGCCGGGCAUGCAACUGAUACGCCUGGUGCGUCAUCCUCACGAGCUGCUGGCCAAUGAGGGCUACAAGAUUAAUGCCAUUUACUACAUAACCAAGGCAAUUAUUCCGCCACUGAAUCGCUGCCUUUUGCUCAUUGGAGCCGAUGUGAAUGAUUGGUUCAGCAAUUUGCCGCGUAAACUGCUCAUGACACCAGCAUUGUCCACGGCAGGUGAACUAAUGAAUCGUGGAGGCGGCGCCAAGUCUACUAUAUCGCAAUAUUUCUCCACAACCAGCUGCAUCAUCGACUGUGGCCGCCAAACCAAGUCGGGCAUCUGUGCGGAUUGUGCCAGCAACUCCAGCAAAUGCGUUAUCACCUUACAAUCGAGAUUGGCACAAUUGGAACGUGGCUAUCGACUGACCCAGCAGAUUUGUCAGUCCUGUUGUGGUCGUCUGGGCGAAGUGCAUUGUAAUUCCCUUGAUUGCCCAGUUCUCUAUGUGCUGGAAGUGAAACGACGUGAACUACAACAAAUUCCACACAUACGUAAACAGAUCGAGGAACGUUUUUGAUUAUUUUUGUAUAUAUAUUCAACUUUUUGUUCGACUAAAAAAGUUAAAAUUGCUACAUUCAUUGUUUUGCAGCGCAGUUCAUGUAUAUAGCUUAAACACUAUAAAUAUAUAUAAGUGCAUAUACAUAUGUAUGCUUUGUUAACUAUUGAUAUUGUUUGUGAAACUAUUUAACUUACAUUUGUUGAGAGAUUUGUUUCUUUUUUUUUAUUAAUUAUAUUAUAUUUGUAUGCAUGUGUGUGUAUAAUAAUAUUCCAAUGAAGUGCCAUUUUACAAAUAAUCUAAAAGUUA